AUGCCCGUUGGUAAGCCUCCCCUGUGCCUCAUCGAUGGACAACGGCGGCUGGAAAAGGUGCUCAAGUUGUUCACAGAGAUGCUUGAAUUUUUUAUCGCACGACCGGCCAGCCUCGAGGGCCCGAUCAAAUUGAUCGUCCGCCAAAUGCGUAAGCACCAAGUGGCUGCGUUCUUCCAAAGGGGCCGUGUCGAUGUAGUAACGAAGGCGUCGGAGCCAGGACCGGAAAUCUUUGGUACCAUCAAAGAAGUGAGGGACCGAGAGAACUUUCUGGCUGGGGGGCCGUGGGUCGUUCUCUGGCGCUGA